AUGCCCGUUCGCGGGAAGAGACCUCUGCUGCGCGCGAAGGAGGGGCCUGAGCGGGAUGGGGAGGGCGAGUUUAGAGGCCAUGGCGACAAUCCUCCGCCGCCUUCCCCUCGCAAGGGCGCGUCCAAAAAGCGCAAGCGCAACUCGAACGCCGAGAACGGCGACGCCCCCCUCUCCAAGCAACCUCGCCCCGACGGCAGGGACGAAGCGACUCCGGAAUAUGACAAUGGCCAGGCGAAGAACUUCAACGAACUCCCAAGUAGUGGCUCUGUGCCCAUCCAGGAUGCCGAUGCCGCCAAUAUCCUCCAAGUCCUUGAAAUGGUUGAUACUCAAGGCCUCCUUGACCGCGUCUUCCCUCUCCCUAUCGACCAUGCGGAAGUUGCCAAUUCCGGAGCAUCCUCAUCCUCGACAACUUCGAUGCUUUCCCUGCGCGCAAUGCUCAAAGAGUCCGCACGCUAUCCCAUGAGUGUCCUUCGGGCUGCUGUCAAGCAUCUCUACCCAAUCUCCUCUCAUCCUCGCUUCCGCCCAUCGGAGACCGCCUCUCAGCAACUACGUUUCUGCAACCUCGCCUUCAACCUCCUCGACCAAGCUUCCCGCCAGAACGCCCCCGCUCCCCUCGACGUGGAAAGCAUCCUCGCUGAUGUGGAGAUCCCCAACCCUGAUGCCCCCACAUCUCCCACCAGUGCACAAGCUCCUGAUGCCGGUGUUCGCCCGCGCAAAUACGCCCUAGUGCAGCACCUCCCCACCGGCGACUGGUGGUCGUCCGCGAGCUCCUCGCAGCCCGCCGCCGACGAGAGCGGCAAGGACCUCAAGUCGCUGUACACUGCGAAGGCGGAGCUUGUCUCCAUAUUCCCGUCCGCCUCCGGGUCUCAGCUCGCCCGCAAGGGCACCCUCGGCGACUAUGCCGUCAAACGUGCGCCGGGGAUCAUCCCUCACAAGCCGCCUCCGCCCCGGAAGGUCAGCUGUGGCCGGUUCCUCGACUACGGACCCUACGCCAGUUUCGCACCAUACUUCGACCAGGAUGGGGUGGAAGUCGGCCGGGCGGCGAUGGGCGAAGUGAUUUAUGGUCAGGAGAUGAGGCGCAGACUCCGGGCAGCCGUCAAGGGCAAGCGGAAGCAUUCCUCUCGCAGUCGUCAACGACGACCGGUCAAGCUCGAACGCUCCCAAUUCUUCGGCGGAAGGUAUCGAUGUCCGACCGAGUUCGAGUCUCUACUCCCAUCCGAAGAAGUCGACGCGAUCAAGUCCGCUCUGCACUCUUUGGAAAUGGAGCAAGGCGUCGAAGAGUUGCUCCAGCGGAACAACAAGGCCUUGCGGCGACUAGAGGAGCUACAACUGCAGCGCCUGCGGUCACAAGGAGGUGGAUCAAGCGUAGUCGAAGUAGGAUCGGAAGAGUGGGACGUCGCGCAAGGCAUCACGGAGUCUCUUGCAUUACUGGCUUCCCUCCGACCCCGAGCAUCAAACGCAGAUGCUGAUCAUGCACCCCUCAUACCGACCCCCUCCGUCCUGCACAAGCUUCAACGCACGCUACCCUUGGAAGCAACGGAAGGGUGGUACGGGACACUUCCUGCAGGUCGCACAUCCGCGUUCCGGGAUGACACUACUGUGCAUGUGCGUGCCAGUGCCACCACUGCUACCAAGGCCGCACCGAAACCCACGACUACCACUAUCGCACCGAAACCCAUCGCGCCAGCCCCUCCUUAUACCCCCUAUCCCGCGUACACCGGAUCAUACACCAGUGCGCAGAACAGAGCAGGGUACGGGACUUACGGUGCCAGUCAGACGCAGGGGUAUUACCCCAACGCGUCCUACGGCAUGAGCUCAACGCAGACCGGAACCAGCAGCUACUACCCGAACGCGCAUUUCAACGGCCAGUACUACGGGACGUGGCAAGCGACUUCGGGUCAAUCCACUCCUCAGCCUACGACCCCCAAGGAGCGUACUACUCAGGAAUAG